GCCUUUACAGCGGUCCUCACACAUACAAGGAGAAGGCUGAAUCCAGCGUCUGGGUGACUUCUCUAUCUUCUUUGGCAGUCUGAUCGACUAACAUCACCAACGCCCAUAAAGUGGCAAUAUACAGGAAAUGAUCCGAGCUGCUAGAAGAAGAGCCGUCUUUUUCCGUUAAGUCCCACCGACUCAAUUGUUCCAGUGCGGUGGUCGUGAUUUGGGAGUGAAGCCUAUUGUAUAGCGUUAUCAGUUUUCUGAUGUAUAGGCCUAACAUCAACUGUAUAAGUUAGCUGCUUUAUUACUGCGUAGCUAGCUCUCUCGUUUGUACUGAUACAUCGUUGACUUCCACUGUUUGGUUCCCGUCCACCCGAAAAAUGGCAACCCAGAUCGAUAAAGAGGCUUGCAGAGAGGCUUACAACCAAGUCAGAGACGAUAACACGGACAUCAAUUGGGCUGCCUUUAAAUAUGAAGGCUCUAUGAUUGUGCCUGCAGGACAAGGGUCUGACUAUGAUGACUUCAAGGGGAUGUGCACAGAUGAUGCUCGUCUGUUUGGCUUCGUCCGAAUCACAACGGGAGACGCCAUGAGCAAACGAGCCAAGUUCACUCUCAUCACCUGGAUUGGCGAGAACAUCAGCGGGCUGCAGCGCGCCAAGAUCAGCACCGACAAGGCGAUGGUCAAAGAGAUCGUGCAGAACUUUGCCAAGGAGUUCAUGUUUAGUGACCCGAGAGAACUGGAUGAGGACAACAUCCGUUCAGAGUUGAAGAAGGCGGGUGGAGCCAAUUAUGAUGCUCAGGCCGAGUAGAGAAGUGCCACAGUCCACUGGAAGGGUUGGGUGGGGGGGGUCGGGUCUGGUCAGAGAGAGAUGGAUUAGGUGGGGGUGGGGAGUAUUGGGGCUACUACCUCUUGGGGAGAGGGCGAGGCAGGGUGGAGAGGGCGCUUGAUGAAAGGGAAAUGCAUGCACCAAACAGCCACAUGUUACCUUCAAAAUGAGGUCCAGCAAAGAGAUCUUGUGGUAAACACGGCUUGCUCAUUUGCAAGAACACAGACGCACACAAACAAAGCAGAUGUGCACCAGGAGCAGGUUGUUGAACCAGCAUACGAGUUUCAAAUGCUAAACAAACCCUUAACACAUGGAAACAAAUCUCAGUUACUGUAGUGUGGCACAGGUCCUGACAGUGCAGACACUCACUCAAGUACGUUACUGUGUUGUUAAAGGAAUAGUUUGAUAUUUUUGCAAAUAUGUCUUUUUGCUUUUGUGAGAGCCAGCACCACUGAAACUCACCAAUUCACACUUUAUAUCUUGUUGUAUAGCUUGUUUUAUCUUGUUUAAACAAAUGAGAUGUAAUGUGUUAAUGAGCUUUAGAGGUGUUUGUAUGUAUAUUCCUUUUUUCUACCUGUUGUCAGAGCCAGGCUGGCUGUGACAUUGACCUUCUCAUCUCCCUGCCAUCAACAAGAAAGUAAACAAGCAAAUCUCAUAAAAUGUCCAAUUAUUCCUUUAAGGGCUUCAUCUUGUCCAAAAAUGGAGACUGGCAGCAGAUGCCAACACAGUACUGUUACUGUAUACUACAUUGAGUGUCUGCAUUAGCUUACAUGUCUACAAUAACCAACAUUUAACUGUGAUUUCUGCAUAAUUAAAAGCAAGUGUGUAAUCUCUCUUAAAGAUCACAGCUUCUUCUCCUUUACCGCCCUCUGCCCUCUCCCCAGUCAGGCUCAUGGUUGGUUAUGUACUGUGCUGUGCAUCAUCAUCUCACAGUCAUCCUCAUCUCAGCUGGGCUGCAGCUGAACAAUCAAGACUUCAGUACUGUUUGCUAGGAAUAAUUUUCUGUAAUGAGGAUGUGAAAAACUGAAGGGUUUCACUUCAGAAUGUCAUAUUGUGAUCACGGAACAUAUUGUAAGAAAGAGUUCCUCUCUGACAAGGGCAGAUGUCUCAUUUUGAAGUGAAGCUCUGUACUUGCUGACGUGUUUGAGACCAGCGUAUGCUCUUAGUCAUGAUACACUGUACGUCCAAGAAGAAAAGAUCUCCAUUUUCUAAAAAUAACCUUAGUGAUGGUUGGCGUCUUGCUUUGAGUAAGCCUGAGUCAUUGUGCUAAGUACACAUCUAACCACCUCUUCAUCUCUAGUCAGACAGCUGUGUUUGGAUUACAGCUUCGAAGUCAACCAUUACGUCUUGUCCUGAGGUGGACUGUAAUUUGUCCUCCUGUCUUCAUACUAACUUGCUUUGUGCUGGGAAUCCCUUUUACUCCUGGACCAAAUGUGUCUUUUUGUGACUGACCUUGUUUCAAUGUACUUUUCACUUACUUCUUUCAGUUUCUGUUGGAUGUAAUUGAUGUUUAGUUUCCCGAGCUGGGGCACAAUUUGUAGAAGAGUAGCUUGCAUGGCAAAGAAGAAUCUUGGUCUUAUACGUAUUAUGCUAGAGCAAUAUAGAGAAACUACUAACAUAUCUCUCAGCAGCGCAAGUAGUCAAGGAUUUUGGAAUGAAGAUCUUUUCUCCUUGUGUUUCAUCUCACGAUCUAAAGGUAUCCAUGCAUACUGUAACCUACUGUGUUUGACUGCCUUAGUCUCCCAGUGAGAGAGGGGCAUCAGGGAGCUUGUGGACACUACACUGUGAUUGGCUAUCUUCAUCACAUGGGGGUGAGCCUUUGAUCAGCAUGUGGCCCAUCAGGAUGUGGGCUCGGGCUUAUCACCCCAACCCAGGAGGAGCCGUUUCUCGGUUGUAGCAUCCCUUUUUAUUUGGUUUCAACCUUCCCCCUCCCCCCCCCUGCAAAAAAAUUAGGAUUUUUUUUUCUUCUACCUGUUUUUGUUUUUAAGAUGAAUUUUAUUUUCUCUGAACCUUUUAUUUUGUUUUUAAGAGCAUUGUUAUCUUGGACAUUGGCAGAAGAGAUUUUCAAAAAAUAACGCAAAAAAAGAAAAAGAAAGAACUGAGUUGGCACAAGAUGAAUCAUUUCAAAAUAAAAAUUGAUGUUUUUUUUUCCAAAA